AGGUUGGUGGCAAUAUAUAAAAAAUUACUAAAAAGGUUAUGUUGACAUUGAAUUUCAAUUUAUAGACAUAGUAUAGUGACAGGCAGUGAAGUAGUAGAGGCAAAUCAAAUAAAUGUUUUAUUGUAUCAAAAUAUUAGCAUAAAAUCAUUGGGUGUAACAAAAGCUCUAUAUAUCUACGUUUUUUUAAAUAUUUUCAAAAUUGUCGAAAUUGAGUUAACUCUAUGAAAUUAAUUUUUAAUAGUGUCAAUAAAAUUUACAAAAGAAGAAUGUCAACUCCAAUAGUGAAUUUAUGGAAAGCAGCAUUAAAAACAUUUACAGGACAAAAUGAUGUCGGAUAUAAAUUUUGUCAACAGAAUUUCGAAAAAUUGCACAGCCUCAUUAAUGAAAUUAAAGCUGACGAUGUUAAAUUAACACCCGAGAUUCUUCGUUUUGUAGAAUUUCAACCUGCUCCAAUGUGUUUUAUUCAUAUAUUUGAAAAUGACGAUAUUUCAAUUUCUGUUUUUAUUUUGAAAAAUGGAGUAACAAUGCCCAUACAUGAUCAUCCUGGAAUGCACGGUUUAUUAAAGGUUCUUAGUGGAGUUGUAAAUAUAAAUAGUUACACAAUUCAAAGCGAAAUUGAUUAUCUUGUAAAUCUCGAUAAGAAAAUAGAAGCUACGAGUCAUGCUCCAGAAAUAGUAAAUAAAAAUGAUCCAGCGUGUAUUUUAACACCACGUAAUAAAAAUUUGCAUGGGAUUAGUUGUGUUGAAGGACCAGCAGCAUUUUUGGAUAUCCUUAGUCCUCCUUAUAAAGUGGACAUAUAUGGUGAUGGGGAGAGGCCAUGUACUUAUUUUAAGAUAAUAUCAUCCAACGAAACAUCGUCGUCAAAAAAUGAUGAAAUAUCGGAUAAAGUACAAUUAAUUGUAACCGAUAGUCCUCCAGAUUUUUUUUCGAAAACUUUAAAAUAUAGCGGACCGGUUUUAAGUUGACUUUCAUAAUACUUACUAAAUUUUCAUGAUAUCAAAAGAGUAGUCAUUUAUUUAAAGAGAAUUAAAUUGAAGAGUGCGAGAAAUUUUUUUUUAAAUUUAAUUCUGGAUCCUUUAUAAUAUUGUAAGAAACAAAAAAUUCAUUUUUUUGUGCAAUUAACAAAUUUUUGGUUUAAUUAAUUUGUAAUGUUUUUUUUUACAUACAGUUUGAAAACAUGUGGUGGUUUUCUUGAAGUAUAUUGUGAAUAUAUAAUCAAAAACAAUUAUAUUUUUAAAUAUUAUUUUAUGUAGAUGAAUAUAAUUACGAGACAUUCUUAAGGAAUAUCAUUUUUUUUUCUUAUAAAAAAAAAUAAUUUUUUAUACGUUUUAUUUUUAUACCAAAGCUUAGGAAAUUUAUUCCAAAUAAUAUAUAUGUAAAAUUAAAGAGCAUAUUAACACGAUUAUUAAUAAGUUACGUUUAAUUUUGGGCUAUGCGAUAAACAAAUGUCAAUUUAAUGUAUAAAAUAAUUCUGUAGAUAUAAUCGUACUUAAUAUGUAAUAAUGUAAAUUUUUAAGCAUUAAAAAAAUGGAGUAACUAA